UUACCUUCGUGUUUCCUUCUCUCUUUCACGCGGGAGCGCUCGCACUCCCUCCCUCCCUAGCGUCUCUUUGUCCAGACCAUCUCUCUCUCUCUAAAAAAGAGCACUCCAAUGAAAAAUCCCGUUAAGAUAGGCUUUUAUCUCUCUUUCUUUUCCUUAACAAAAGUCCCCUUUUGGUAGACUCUUCUUUGAUUGGUGGAGAACAUUUGUUGAUUGUUCUGAUUUUUCUGAGAAAUUCUCAAUUUACCAUCUUAUAGCUUCGAAAAUCCUCUUUAUAUAAUAUAUAUAUAUAUGUAUAUGCAUAUGCAUGAUGGGUGUGGUUAAUUCCAAAUUUGCAAUUUUGGUCGUGUUGUUGUAAACCCAAAUUAUCCACUUUGUUGCUACUAGAAUAUUCUUAUAUAAUUCUUAUUAAUUUUCAGUUUUGUACAUGAGUUUUUUUUUUUUUUUUUCGUUAGGUUUGAGAUAGGCUGCUACAGGAUGAAACCAAAGGACGACUUUCCUGAGUGGCGUUCUCGUGUGGUCUCGCCGUAUUUCAUCAGCGACAGAAACGACGCGAUGGAGAAGAAAUACAAAUAUUUAAAUAUAGGAUUAAAGUCAUAUUUGGUCCGACAUCAAAACGACAACAAAAAGGCCGCAAACGACGAUCGGAAACCGCGCAAACGCAGAGAAGCACGAGUGGUUUCUCCGUACUUUGAGAAAAAUGGAGACAAGGGAGUGAAGGUUCCAGAAGCUAUGGCGAUUUCCGUGGAAACGAAGCGCAAGAAAAGGAAAAAAAGUGACCAACACGACGACGCUCCUCCGCCGCGCGUUGUAUCGCCGUAUUUCGUCGCCGACAGCAGAAAAGAAGUCGAAAUCGCCGGGAAAAAGAGGAGAAAGAAGAAUAUUGACCGAAAGGACGACGUUGCUGGGUCGCGCGUGGUGUCGCCGUAUUUCACUACGAACCGAAACGACACCCAAGAGAAGAAGAAGAAGCCAGAGAAGGACGGCAGAGAAGAAGUUGAACUUGGCGAGAAAAAGGAGGAGCAUUUGAAGCUUGUGGACGUGCUUUCUCGGUUCGCUUACAAGCCAAUGAAAGAGAAAACGACAGUAGAAAGGGCUGAAAAGGGAAGAAAACUUGGACUUGUUGGAGUUGGAGAGAAGAAAAUGUCGAAAAUAGUAGUAAGAAGAAAAAAGAUAGAGAAAAGCAAAGUUUUGAAUGCUGCUGAGAAAAGAGAUGAGGCUUACAAGAGGAAAACAGAUGAUAACAAAUGGAAUCCUCCUCCUUCUGAGAUUCGUCUUAUUCAACAAGAUCAUCUUCACGAUCCAUGGAGGGUUUUGGUGAUUUGUAUGCUUCUCAAUCGGACUACCGGUGCCCAGGCAACAAGGGUUAUAUCGGAUUUCUUCUCUUUGUGUCCCAAUGCAAAAGCUGCCACUGAGGUCUCCCCGGAGGAAAUAGUGAAGAUUAUACACACUCUUGGUCUACACAAAAGGGCACAGAUGAUACAACGUUUCUCUCGGGAGUAUUUGGAGGAAAGCUGGACCCAUGUGACUCAGUUGCACGGUGUUGGCAACUUGAUUGUAUCUCAUAUCAGAUAUGAACCAGCCACAAAAACCCAGAAUUGCAAGGAAAAUAAAUCUUCAUCGAUGAAUAUUUCCAGGAAAAGUCGUAGAAAUAUGAUUCUACAAAGAAAACCCAGAUAGUUCUUGGAACUGCUAUGCCUCUCCACUUGGUUUCCUAUGAUAAUGCGGCAAACAAACAACCCUCUUGUAAUCAGCUCCAAUCUUCUAACUAACACCUUACAAACUUUCUUACUGCCAGAACAAACUUUUCUUCUUCCUUGUAUUAGAAUUUUCUACUAUGAAUCUAUCAACGAUCUUCAUCAAUUUUUGUAUUCUCUCAGAAUUUGCUUCUUCUUCGUCCACCUUAUCCCACCACCGCUGUGUCGAACUUUUUUUUUUUUUUUUUUACUUUAGUUCCGAUGUUACAUGACUCCUGUUCCUCUGUU